AUAAAAAUUAAUUGCCUCUAAUUGAUUGAUUUAAGCUUGGCAACAUAUACUUUCUAAACAACAUUUUAACAUUUUAUUCUAUCAUAUAAAGUAAAAAAUGAAUUCUAACAUACAGUUUGAAGUAACAGCACCUGGAAAAAUAAUUCUUUUUGGUGAACAUAGUGUUGUGUACGGGAAACCGGCAAUCGCGUGUGCUAUUGAUCAACAUACCACAUUAAUAUUUACAGAAAGUUAUUGUAAUAAUCAAGAUUUGAACACUGUACCAUGUCGCAUAAUCUUACCACUUAUAAAUUAUUCUGGAAUGCUGACUAUUCAUUUAGAUACUAAACCGGCAUUUUCACCUACCAAAUACUUCCAAGAAACCUUGAACAAACUUAACAAAAAUGAACCAUUUUUGAAUGAAUUAGAUACCUUAUCUGGAAAUGAGAAAAAAACUCUUACAGUUUUACAUUUUAUUUUUGGAGGAAUUCUAACAUGUUACAUGAAACAAUUGAAAAAUGUUUCAUUUACAAUUGAAGUAAAAUCUGCAUUGAAGUUGGGUGCUGGUACUGGUAGCUCUGCAUCUUUCUGUGUUUCUCUAGUUGCUGCAUGUUUGUCUUACGUUAAGUUCAAAAUUAAAUCCAUUGUAGAAAUUCAAUUUGAUCCAUUGUUGGAUGAUUUUCAUUCACAAAGCGGUGACAACUUGUUAAUUAUUGAACCAUUCACAGACAGUCUAACAUUCAGUGAUGGGGAAAAAUGUUUAAUAAAUAGAUGGGCUUUGUUAGCAGAAAAUUUUAUUCAUACAAAGGCUUCAGGAUUAGAUAACACUAUUUGUACAUAUGGCACGAUGGUUCAAUAUACAAAACUUAAUAGCCAUAAAUUACUGGAGGCUCCAGAACUAAAAAUUCUUUUAAUCUAUUCAGGUGUUGAAAGAUCUACUGGAAAUGUGGUCAAAAGUGUUAGAACUAAGUAUAAUGACGAAACCUAUCAUUUAAUUUUUGAUGGCAUUUUCAAUUCUAUAGGAUUAAUUGUAAAUUCAGCUGUAAAUGCAAUUGAUCAAAUGGCUCAAAAUCCUCAGCAAGAACUUCAACAAAUAAGUGUUUUACAAACUCUAAUGGAUAUGAAUCAAGGAUUAUUAAUGGCAUUAGGUGUAUCUCAUGAAACAUUAGAUGCUAUUGUGGCCAUAUUAAAAAAAUUUGACUUACAUGCCAAGUUAACUGGUGCUGGAAUGGGUGGAUAUGCAAUAUGUCUUGUUCCUCCAAAUAUUCAUAAAUCUAAAAUAGAAACAUGCAUGCAAGAAUUGAAAAUUUAUGGUUUUGAAUCUAAUAUUUGUACAAUCGGUUGUCCUGGUGUCAGAAUACAAACUAAAUGAAUCAAGGAUAGUUUAUUAUAACUUUAAUUACAAUUAUUAUUUGUUUUCAAUAAGAAUAUUAAAAAUAAAUUAAGUUUAAAAUAGGUAAUAAUAUGUUGUAAGACUAUUUAUGUAGGGCAAAAUAUCUUCUAUAUUUAUAUUGUUUUUAAACAGUAUAUUGUUUUAUAUUAAUAUUUUUUAUUCAUGUUAUUACUUUUAAUAUUAAGAAAAUAAUAGUGGUAGUUACUAGUUGGUAAAUUAUGAAAAAUAAAUAAUCAAUAGAUUUUAUAGCGCAUAAUUUAUGAUUUUUUAGUCUUUAAAAACGUAUAAUAAAAAAAUAAAAAUUACAAUAUUUGUCAUUUGAUUGUACAGUAUAUUUUAUUAUAAAUACAGUACGUACCUAAUUUGUGUCCACUGUUGUAAAUAUACAUUUUCCAUAAACAAUGAAAUGUCUUUUAUACGACUGAAUGCAUGAAUGACAUUAUUAAAUAAUUAUGAUUGAUUAUCAGGGUCAACAUUACUUGUGCAAAACAAUGUAAAUAAUAAAAUUAAUAAUAAGUAAUA